AUGGCUACUAUCAGGACGGAUGUGUCCAUAGUUGGGAGCCAAUGCGGGAAAACAAGUCUCCAAACUGCAUUCGUCAAAGACAGAUUCGACCCUCGAGAUGUUGAGCUGGGAAUAUGGGAUACACCAAGUCAAGAAUUGUAUGGAAGACUGAGAACUGCAUUCGCAUACCCCAAGACGGACGUUGUACUUCUUUGCUUCUCGUUUGAUCGACCCGACAGAUUUGAAGACAUCUCGGAGAAAUGGAUACCAGAGGUGAAGAAGUACCUCCCAAAGGCACCUAUCAUUUUUGUGGGGAACAAGAAAGAUCUUCAAAAUGACAAGGAUACAAUACAAGAAUUGUUAAAGAAGAAUCAGGAACCGGUAAAAACAGAGGAUGCCCAGGUCCUUGCAAAAAAGAUCGGCGCCAUUUCAUAUCUAGAAUGCUCGGCCAAGGAAAACAAAGGCAUCAGAGAAGUGUUUGAGACUGUAGCAUUGGCAGGAAUAAAACAGGAUGAAAAGAAGAAGUCGUCAAAAUGCACCCUCUUGUGAAUAAAAGAACCUUAGAUAUAUCGCAAUUGGCUUAUCUGGGGGGGGGGGUAAAUAUCGCUGAUCUAACCAAUAUACGUCCUUCAGGAAGACAUUUUUUCAUGUAUACUAUUUUGAUUCGUCAAGACGUUACUUUUCUAUUCUCAUAUAAGUUUUUCAUAAGCAGGGGGGGGGCCGAAAGUUCCCCGAAAGUGCCCGUUUUAACAUAGGAAGAGUACCCUAUAUUACUUUGGCAAGUGCCCCUUUUCCUUUUAAUAAGUGCCCCUUUUCACUUCUGAUAAGUGCCCGUUUUAUUUUGACAUUGACCAUUUUCGUUGUGUUAAGUGUCCCUUCUCAUUAAUGCCCGCUUUUCACCUCAGAAAAAUGCCCCUAUAUUAACAUCUGGUAAGUGCCCCUUUUCAUUAUCUGUGGUAAGCGCUCUUUUUCAUUUCGACACAACCCAUAUUUUCCCUUCGUAUAAUUGCCCCUUUUUCCCAUUUCCUUUUUAUUAAAGGCCGUUUCCCCCUUCUCAUAAA